UCCAUAUGUAUCCAGCGCUGGCUGAGUCGUCGUCCAUGCGAUGCCUCGCUCUACUAUUCCUCCACUACUCCAUUCCUCCGCGAGUGUACAGGGAUAUAUAGCUACAGAUUAAAACGCGGCGCUCGAUCGGGAAUCCCGGCGACCGGCGGCCGGCCGUACAUCGUCGGCGGCAGCGGCGUGUCCUGAAGUCGGUUGGUGGGUGCCGGCCGGCGACCAUCGCCUACAGGCUACCGGUGUCAACAAUUUCUUCGAAUCUCAAUAUAUAUUGUUAGGGGAGAAUAAUCUCAUCCAAAGGCAAGGGAUGACAAUGCGUACGGUCCAUGACAAUCCUAAUAUUAGGAUUUUCACAGAAGGUGAUAUUGAAAGAAUUACAAACAACUAUAGUACUCUCAUUGGAAAAGGUGGAUUUGGAGAAAUCUUUAGAGGGGUCCUUGACGAUGAAGAUGACAUGGUUGCAGUAAAGAGAUAUAUACGUGGAGAUUUAAGAGAUGAGUUUAUGGAAGAGGUAAGAAUCCAUGCUCAAGUUACCCAUAAGAACAUAGUGAAGGUUAUAGGCUAUUGUAUAGGAAAAAAAUCUCUAAUGAUGGUAACUGAGUUUAUCUCGAAUGGGAACCUUGAAUAUGCCCUUCACAACAGUGGCAUCUCCAUCCCUUUGGGUACACGCUUUGGCAUUGCUAUAGGGUGUGUAGAAGCAUUGAGUUACAUGCAUUCAAUGCAUUUAUCAAGUGGCAACCUUAUAUGUCAUGGUGAUAUCAAACCUACAAAUAUUCUUCUAGAUGGCACUCUUAUAGCAAAAGUUGCAGAUUUUGGGCUCUCGAAGUCUCUUUCUGGAGGCAUCACUCGAUAUACUGAAAAUGUUAAAGGGAGUAUAGAUUACAUGGAUCCUAUAUAUCUUUCGGCAGGGCGUGUUACUCGAAAGAGUGAUAUCUAUAGUUUCGGAGUUGUUCUGUUGGAACUUAUAUCUCAAAAAAGAGUAAAAGAAAAAGGGGGCAUUAACUUAAUUGCCGCUUUCAAUCAAGCUUAUGCAAAUGGAAAAGGAUUCAGGGGACUGUUGGAUACAGAAAUAGCAAAUGAAUGCAAUAUGAAGAUUCUUGAAGGGAUAGGUAAGUUGGCAGUCGAAUGCGUUGCAAUAGACGCUAAUAAACGUCCUAAUGCUAAUGAUGUGGAGAAACGUCUUCUGAUGCUUUGGGCAGCUCAGCAUGGAAAGGAGGAGAACAUAAUCAGGCGAUUAUACAGGAGAUCACCACCAGAAAUCAUUAGCUCCAGCUCAAGUAACAAACUCGGCAAUGCCCGGAUUUUCAGGGAAGGGGAACUGAAGAAAGUCACAGAGAACUACUCGAGUCAUCUUGCUACAGGUUCAUCUUAUAACAUCUACAAAGGAACACUUGAGGACAAUACUUUGGUUGCAGUGAAGAAAUAUUUUGAUAGAUAUGAGGCUGGAAAAGAGGAGUUCCGUAGCAGAGUGGCAAUGGUCAUCAUGUCUCCGGUUGUCCAUAAGAACAUCACCAAACUUCUGGGGAUUUGUUUGGAGGCCAAUCCUCCAACUCUAGUAUAUGAGUAUGCUGCCAGAAACCUCUCAGACAUUCUGCAUUGUAAAGAAGAUUUCCCACUAGAGCUACGCCUGAAGAUUGCAAGUAAGACUUCACGAGUAUUAGAACACCUCCAUUCGUCGCGUAUCGCCCUCCGGCAUGGUGAUGUCAUGCCAUCCAACAUACUUCUGGACGAUGGUUUUGUGCCAAAGGUCACAGCCUUUACAUUGUCAACAAGGUUUACCGAGGAUAAUGCAACUAGAAUGUCUAUGGUUAAAGGCGAUGGAAACUACAUGGACCCGUACUAUAGGCACACUAAUCUCGUGCUACUCAAAAGCGAUGUUUACAGCUUUGGCGUUGUUCUUUUGGAACUCAUUACAAGGAAGCAACCAGCUGGAGAUUGUCCGGAGAAAUAUGGACUAGUCUCUGAAUUCGCCAGAGCAUACAAGAUGAACAAAAGUGGAAAAGCUAUGUUUGAUGAGAGGAUUGCAACUGAAGAAAAUAUCCCUGUCCUUGAAGAGAUCGGAAAGUUGGCACUCCAUUGCAUCAAUUUGAAAUUGAGCAAACGGCCGACGAUGAAGGAGGUGGCAGAACGCUUGAAGAAGAUCAGAAGGUGGUGUAACGGCCAUGAGGGUUACAGAAUGUUGAUUCAACCUGAAUGCACAAUGGCAUUGUCUCGUCGCUCACAAUUUGUUGACUGAAGCUGGACCUACCUGAUGAUCGAUGCGCUACCUCAUUCAGAGGUCGAAGAUUCAUAAUCCCUUGUAGUCAUUCUCACUUCACGAUAGACAUUGUCGUUUUUUUUACAUCAAAACACUCUUUUGCAUGUAUUUUUAUUCUGUUGUUGGUUGUGUUGCAUGUUGCAUUGUUGUCAUGAGAACAUUAGUUAGCUUGAUAUGGAUUCUAUAUGACUAAAAAGGAAAACACACCC